AUGUCGAAACUGUCUGAUCAGGUCGUUUUAGUGACAGGUUCCAGCCGUGGCCUCGGACUUGCAAUAGCGCGAGCUUUCCACACGGAAGGGUGUCGAUUGGUGCUUAACUGCAGCGGGCCCGACUCCUACCCCAGGACACAGGAAAUUGCGAAAGAUCUCGGAGGCAUCGCUAUUCAAGCCGACGUGACUGACGCAGAACAAGUGUUGUCGCUCUUCGAACAGGCCGAGCGCCAAUUUGCCGAGCCCAUAAGUGUUGUGGUGAAUAACGCGCUGGCGGAUUUCAAGUUCAAUGGCAACGGCCGAAAGAGCCUGGGCACGAUUGAAUGGGGCGACUUUGACAAACAACUACGAGUCGCAGUCCAAGGCGCCUUGAAUACCACCAAAGCCGCACUUCCCGGGUUCGAGAAACUUGGCCGGGGGCGUAUCAUCAAUAUCGGCAGCAAUCUCGUGCAGAACCCCGUGGUGCCGUAUCAGGACUACUGCGCGGCGAAAGGCGCCCUGCUGGCCUUCACACACUCGAUGGCCGCGGAGCUGGGCCCAAAGAACAUCACCUGCAACUUGGUGGCUGGCGGGCUGCUCAAGGUUACGGAUGCAAGCAGUGCGACGCCCAGCGAGGUGUUUGAUCAGAUUGCCGCCGCCACGCCGCUGAGGAGGGUGACUACCCCCGACGACCUUGCUGGGGCAGUGUUGUUCUUUGCGAGUCCAUGGGCCAACGCGAUUACAGGGCAGCAGGUCAUCGUCGACGGUGGGCUCGUAAUGUCGUAG